UUGACGUUUCACCGCGCUCGUGUCAUUGUGCCUACUUACACGUUGACAAAUUUCUCGUAUUUACGCUUAUACGCUAUAAUCUUAUCAGAUUUCUACCUUUCCAGUGCAUUUUGUGGAACAUUUUAAGUAAAUAAUAAUGUCUGCCCCUGAUGAAAGUACUCAACUGAAGGCAGGACACCCUCCUGCAGUUAAGGCUGGUGGCAUGAGAAUCACACAGCACAAGACUCCUCACGCCAACCCGAAAGAACCAGCAAAUGAAGACUUGACUGGCCUGUCAGGACCAUCUCCAGUUCCGUCCAACCCAGUGUCCAUCUCCGGGGCCCCAAACCGAGGGAACGCUGACUUCACUCCAAUAGCAGCGCAGGUGGCUCACAGUCCGAAGCCUCCCACUCACAUUAAUGUUGCGCCAAAACCCAACAUCCAACAACCGAGGAAGUAGACACAUCGGACUUCUACGAAUGGGCAUAUCAACAUCUCUCAGUUUACCAUUAGGUGCUCUAUUAAAACGGCACAAGAAUUUUUUUUUGGACUGAAACACUUGUACAAACAAUAGUUACAUUUUCAUUGUAGCAAAUAGAUCUUGCUACAAAAUCUAUUAUACAACAACAAAAUUGUCAUGAUUUUUAUUUUUAAUCCUGAAGAUAUUAUAUAGAUAUGCAAAUACAACUAUUGUGUUGAAAAUCUUAGAGCAUUAUUAUAAAUUAAUAAAGUUAAGGUGAAACCCCGUUUGCACGCCACGGCGCGCGCCGGUCGUGUACACGAAGGUUGAUAUUGGGCUGUGGCCGGGCGCGUCAGCUGACGUCUUUGGCGGCCAAAGGGUUAAGUAACAGUAUACUUCAGCAAUUUGAACACCUAAUGUGAGCUGUCUGCCUCAUUAGCCUACUGAUUAGAUUCGUAUAGUUGAACUAUUGAGUAUUGCUUGCUUUGGUAAAUAUAGUACUGAGUAUUUUAUACGGUAUUAUUUCACUUCAGGCAAUCCAGGUUUUAUAUCCAACAUUUUGUUUCUUCCCAAAAUACUAAAUCUCUUAUAUAUACGCAUAUGCUUUUAACACUCAGCAAAAUCAAUUUCUGUUAAAUUCAAUUUAAAUAUAUCAACCUAAUCAAUGCAAGGCUAUUUUUACAUUUGUAUGAAAAAUUGUGUGCUCAUUUAGAAAAUAAAAUGUCAAUGUUUGCUGUUAUCUAACUAUAGAUAAUUACAGUGCUACGAGUCAACUAUUAUGAAUGUUUCCGUUUACUCGGAUGCAUUAUUUUGUAACCUCGGAUACAUUAUUGUAUAAAUAGAUCCAAGUAAAUGGUACCAUAUUUUUUAGAAAUAAGAAAUGUGUUUAGAAUAGAAAUAAAAUUAAGACUUACAGUACAUACAUGUACAUAAACAUGAUAAGUCAUAAAAAAAAGUAAUAAAUAUUUAAAAAGAAUAACAAAAAAUCAUUUAACAAUAGGUAAUUCAUAAUUGUAAUUUUAUAUUUAAUGUCUUUCCAGAAAAAGAGCCUAGUGUAGUAGACUACACUAAGGUUCCUUUUCCUGACGAUGACACAUUUCCUUUCUACUUAACAUUAUUUUUGUUACUUCAUUUUAAUGUAUAAACUCAUAAUAUAUUUUUUAUUUCACUCACAGAAAAUGUUCACAGGGUUUGGAUUGAUUUACUCAUACUUUUAAAUUAUUAUUCGGUUAUUUUAAAUUAAAUUAUGACAUGUUUUAAUAUUAAUAUUUAAGAGUUUAUACUUUUAUAUUUAUAUUUUUCGAUGCAUAGCUAUGCACUUCACUUGUUGCAUUUUACAAACAUUCUUUAAUAUAUUCUUGUUAAUUUAAGUAUUGUUAUUUAAAAGUAUAGGUGCUUGUUUGUUUCUUCGUAUUUGGGACCAUUAUUUUGUCUUUAUGCUUUAUAUAUCUUCCUAGUUAUUAAUAAACUUAACUAUGAAAU